GCCGCACGCAAGGAGGACAGCGUGGAGGUGUCGCUGGCUCUCACGCUCUCCAACCUCAUCUCCCUGAAGGAAGUCGAGGAGACCCUCACCACCAAUGUGUGGAUCGAGCACCAACGACGGCUCCUUCCAGAUCUCCUACUCGUGCAACGUGCUCAUCUACUCCUCGGGCUACGUGUACUGGCUGCCGCCCGCUAUCUUCCGCUCCUCCUGCCCCAUCUCCGUCACCUACUUUCCCUUCGACUGGCAGAACUGCUCCCUCAAGUUCAGUUCCCUGAAAUACACGGCCAAGGAGAUCACCCUGAGCCUGAAGCAGGAGGAGGAGGACGGGCGCGCCUUCCCCGUGGAGUGGAUCAUCAUUGACCCCGAAGGCUUCACAGAGAAUGGGGAGUGGGAGAUAGUGCACCGACCAGCCCGGGUCAACCUGGACCCCAGCGUCCCAGUGGACACCCCUGGCCAGCAGGAUGUCACUUUCUACCUGAUCAUCCGCCGGAAGCCGCUAUUCUACGUCAUCAACAUCCUGGUGCCCUGCGUGCUCAUCUCCUUCAUGGUCACCCUGGUCUUCUACCUACCAGCCGACUGUGGUGAGAAGACGUCGGUGGCCAUCUCAGUGCUAUUGGCCCAGUCGGUCUUCCUUCUGCUGAUCUCCAAGCGGCUUCCCCCCACGUCCAUGGCCAUCCCCCUCAUCGGCAAGUUUCUGCUCUUCGGCAUGGUGCUGGUGACCAUGGUCGUGGUCAUCUGCGUCGUGGUGCUCAACAUCCACUUCCGCUCGCCCAGCACCCACGUGCUGUCAGAGGGAGUCAAGAAGCUCUUCCUGGAGACUCUGCCCAGGCUCCUGUACAUGUCCCGGCCGGCAGAGGAGGAGCCUGGCCCCGGGGUCCUGAUCCGGAGGAGCAGCUCGCUGGGCUACAUCUCCAAGGCCGAGGAGUACUUCUCCCUCAAGUCCCGAAGUGACCUCAUGUUCGAGAAGCAGUCGGAGCGGCACGGGCUGGCCCGGCGUCCCACGACAGCGCGCAAGCCCCCAGUGGGCUCUGAGCAGGCCCAGCAGGACCUCUUCAGCGAGUUGAAGCCUGCUGUGGAAGGGGCCAACUUCAUCAUCAACCACAUGAAGGACCAGAACAAUUACAAUGAUGAGAAGGACUGCUGGAACCGCGUGGCCAGCACCGUGGACCGGCUCUGCCUCUUUGUCGUCACGCCCGUCAUGGUGGUGGGCACCGCCUGGAUCUUCCUGCAGGGCGCCUACAAUCAGCCGCCACCCCAGCCCUUCCCUGGGGACCCCUUCUCCUACCAGGAGCAGGACAAGCGCUUCAUCUAA